AUGAGCGGAGCACCGAACGAAAUCAAGGUCCUCGGCCUUCACGGCAAAGGCACCAGCGCCCAAAUCUUCAAAUCCCAGACAGCCGCAUUCCGCCACAGGCUCCCUGAGCAAUUCAACUUCACUUUCAUCGACGCACCACAUAUCUGUGACCCAGCCCCGGCGACCGACAUCCUCUUCACUUCCAAUCACUAUGGUUGGUACCACAUGCCGGCCACCCCCGAGGUCCUGCGAUCUGCCCACGCCAUCCUCGAUGCCUACCUCGCCGAGCACGGGCCCUUCGACAUCGUCAUGGGCUUCUCACAGGGCUGCGCCGUCAUCAGCAGCUACAUCCUUUACCACCAGCGCGAGAAACCCGGCGUUGAGCUCCCCUUCAAGGGUGCCGUUUUUAUCUGUGGCAGCGUGCCGCUGCCGGCACUACGCGACCUAGGCGUGAAUGUGACGAAGCGGACUGAGGAGGUGCAUCAGACAUCCAUAGAGCAGCUGGGUAAGCGGACAACGGAAUUGCUGAAGUUAGCCCAGAACCUUAAGAAUGUGGGGCCCGGCGCGGGAACAAAGGUGUGGGAUGAUAAGACGGGUCUGGUGCAUGACCCGGAGGAGAAGCUCAGGACGAGCGAUGUGUAUGGGCUGGAUUUCACGAAGAUGGCGGAGGACUUGUUAGUUCAGAUCCCGACGGUGCAUAUUUACGGCGCCAAGGACCCGCGCUGGCCGUGCAAUCGACACCUGGAGUAUUUCUGCAUGAAGAAGAAGGUGUUCGAUCAUGGCGGUGGACAUGAAAUUCCAAGGUUUACGGCAGUAUCGGAUAAGAUCGCCGAGAUGGUAGUUUGGUUAGCCAACGAAAUCAAGAGCGGGUGA